CAACAACAACAACCACGACAGUCACGCCCCAAAUUUCCGUCCACGCUACCACCACAAGACGCCGGCAACCAGCGAACGAAAAGUCCAUUUUACGCACAUAUUAAUAUUUGCUAGUUUCGUCACAGCGACCAACUUCAAUCAUGGCCGAUCCAAUGAGAAUCAAGCCUGACCCGGACGCAGCCUUCGCCGAAGACGAGCUUGACGAAUCAGCCGACUUGGGGUUCUACGAUCCCAAUGAUUUUCCCUUGAAAAACGCGUAUCUGGCUCGCCUUCCGGGGUAUGUCUGGAAAGCAUGGGCUUCGCUUCCCGAUGAUGCGGAGAUUCAGAUUGGCAAAGUUCGUCGAAUUGUACAAGAUGGUCAACCGGAGAAGCUACAAAUUCUCCUCGACGAUCUUCCACAACACUACGAUAUUCCUAAGGAAUACAACCUCGACAUGGUGGAUGCCAACGUCAACAACACCUUCAUCUUUGGUGAACAUGAUCACCCAAGUUAUGCCGCCAAGAACAAGGAGCGGGCUGAGGCUUUAGCGCAGGGAAUACCUGCACACCUUGUGCGCCAGCAGAUGAAGCAGUCGGAGCCACCUCAGGAGCGCGGAAAGAAGGGACAGCAGUACACCAAGAAGGCCAUCCCGAAACAAACGGCGAUUGCAGCAACAAUCAAGCGUGAGGUUGUCGCCACUCCUUUGGAAAAUCCCGAGACAGACUAUGCGCUUGCUGCCCGAGGCCAGAAGCAGACGGCUCCCAAACAUACAGUACAGGUCCUGGAUCGUCUGCCACCCAAUGGCAUCACGGAUCCCAAGGGCUGGGAAACAUUUUUGCGCACGACCGAGGCUCCGAGCAAGGCCAAGAAGAUGGACAACAAGACAGCUCGCUGGCCAGAGAACCAGCUGCUCGACGAGCUCGCCAAGUGCUUCUCCGUCUACAUGUACUGGUCCAUCAAGGCGCUGCGCUCUCGGAUUCCUCAGCCCGAGGCGUUCAUUCGAGAGUGCUUGGACAAGAUUGCCGUUAUUCACCGAACUGGUACUUUUGCAAACCACUGGUCACUCAAACCGGAAUACCAGAGUAUGAUUUCGGAUAAGGACCUGCCGGCACCAACCAACGAAGCGGCACCAAAACCCGAAAUUGCAUCCGAGGAUGAGGACGAUGACGAUAUCAAGAUGGAGGACGUCCUGUUUUAAGAUGACAGGACUGAGCGGGGUCUCCAUGGAUGCGAUCUUCCUUCUGACCCAUUUACUUGCUUUGCGUCAGGCGUUUAGAGUAGACUGGGUUUGCUGCGUUUUUCCUCUGCUCGCCAGACGAGCGGUCUUUCAAGACCAUGCUCAUACAAUGAUACCCGUUGCAUCA